AUGGCUUUCAGCAAAUUUUCCAUUCUGUUUCAAUACUUGCGCAUCUUCCCUAGCCGCCGGUUUCGAUUUGCUUGCCACACCGUGAUGGGUAUCGUCGCAUUGUACUCGACAUGGGCUAUUGUCAGCGCAUUCGUGAACUGCAUUCCUGUAGCGAGGUUCUGGGACCGCGAUAUUCCCGGCUCCUGCCUCAGUUUCGAAGCUGUCUGGUUCUUUAACGCGUCCAUGAACAUCGCUACCGAUCUGACCCUACUUAUCAUGCCGAUGCCGCUCAUUUCUCAACUCCAACUUCCCCGCAUGCAGAAAAUUGCACUCAUGGCUGUCUUUGCUGUGGGUUUACUGGUUGUUAUCACCAGUAUCCUUCGUCUGUCGAGUCUGCGAGCAGUUGCUCAAAACCCAGACACGUCAUACAGCAACGUAGGCGCCGCAUACUGGACCGCCGCCGAAUGCAAUGUCGCCAUCAUAUGUGCUUGUCUCCCCUUCCUUCGACCCCUUAUCAGCCGUAUUUUCCCCAGACUACUGUCCACCAAGAGCUACAACAAAUACACAGGACAGCCCACGAUGGGUACAGCCAACCGGACACGGAGGACCCAACUCUACUCGCAAGACCGGGACUAUGGCCUAUACACCAUCGAUAUCGAAGCGACUGAUAUGAAACGAGGAUCUACUGGAGGCAUUGAGGUCACGACAGAGAUGACGGUACAGGAGUUGUCGCAGCACGAUGAGUCGACGAGUCAGCGACGGCUAGUGAUGCAAUAA